AUGUCUACGGAGGAUCAUAAAACUGAUCAGAUUCCUGAAUUGUCUCCACACUACUCAGAAACUCAUUGUGAAGACCAGUCUAGAAGAAAUAGCCUCCGAAUGGAUCCUUUGUUAGAAUUAGAAUUAGCUAAAGUACGUUUAGCUCAUAUAGAAAAGGAAAUUGAGUUAGAACAGCUACGGCAAAAAGGAAAAGACUAUUGUAACCAAAUUCAGGAUGAAAAGUUUAUGUCGUUUGACUCUGCAUCCGUUUCGCGUACAGCUGAUAACGCAGGAAAGGGCUGGGUAGGAAUGAUAUCUAAAGCUUUAGACCUACCCAAGCGAGAAAUCAUAAGGUUCGAUGGUCAUCCUAUGAACUACUGGAGUUUCAUACGAAAUUUCGAGGAUUGUUUUGAUGAAAGCGUCGGACCUCGAUCUAAGUUAAACUUCUUGAUUCAAUAUUGUGAUGGUGAAGCUAAGGCUACCAUUGUUCAUUGUACAUUGCUUCAACCGGAAGAAGGUUAUCGUAAAGCGUUAGAGCUUUUUGAGGAAGAAUUCGGUCAGAAACACGUAGUCUUCCCUGCUAUUAAGGAGAUCGACUCAAAUAGUUUAAGAAGGCUAGCUCGAGAGAUGUAUAUCUGUGAGCUUACGCUCACACAAAUGAACUACCUGUCCGAUCUUAAUUCUACGAAAACCAUCGAAAGCAUGUUAUUAAAACUUCCACCACACCUACAGAGGGAAUGGGUUAAAAUAGCAUGUCGAAUUCUUAAGACGGGUAGAGAGCCUUUAUUCAAUGACCUCUGUGAAUUUGUUAAAGAACAGUCAGAUAUAGCUAACACUAGAUACGGCCUGCUUGUCAACCGCAGCGAUGAUGUCGACAAAAGAGGUUUUGAUGCUUUAAAAGGGAAAGCUGCCGCAAGUUACAACAUAGCAACGGUAGCACAUGCAAACAGUAAUGACAGCAAUACUUCCUUACAUAAUCCACCUUGUCCAGAUUGCUGA